AGCGGCCUGCUCGGAGCACAGGCUGUAAACCUGGCGGAGGUCCAUGUGCUCAAAGGUCGAGAACUUUUGUGUAUUUACUUUUGCAUCUCUUGUUCUUUCUCAUUUGUUUCUAGGGUCUCAGGGAGGAGGCUGAGGAGAGCCCAAGCGCGGAGCGAAAGCUGAGGCUAUUUGGUGGAUACUCUGAAAGUCAAGACCAGAUGAUUUUGGAAGCCAUGGAUGGGAGAUGACCUAAUAUAGUAAAAAGCCUCUGAAUGCACUAUAUGUCAAAAAAAGUCUUCAUGAUCUGUUAUUUCUUGAGGAACCAGGAAGUAUCUCACACUGGACAUAAGACAUGUGAGGAAUGUGGGCAAGCAGUUAUGACUUGUACCUGAGCACUCAUGUAGAAAUAGACAUUAUAGAAAACACUAGGAAUGCCAGGGUAUUAGAAGAACAUCUGGAGAUACAUGAGGAAUCACAAUAAAAUACUUAUAUGUUAAUUUGAUUGCAAUAAAUGUGGAAACAAGCUCACAUAACUCCUUUUUGGAGUCUUGAACAGAAAAUCCUCGGGAAUUAAUUUUGCAGAAAAAUUUUCAUGUGUCCCUGCUCCUCCCACUGGUGAGAAAAUCUGAAUGUCAGAAAUGUGGGGAAGGUUUUAGUUCUUCUUCAGCCCUUCAGUUAUAUGUGAGAAUGCACAGUGAAGUGAGACCCUAUGAAUGUCAGGAAUGUGGAAGAUCUUUCAAUCAUUCUUCACACCUUCAGAGACAUGUCAGAAUCCAUACUGGCGAGAAGCCCUAUAAAUGCCAGGAAUGUGGGCAUGCUUUCAGCUGUUCUUCAUACCUUAAAGAGCAUGUGAGAAGCCAUACCGGAGAGAGACCCUAUAAAUGUCAGGAAUGUGGCAAAGCUUUCAGUCGUUCUUCACACCUCCAGGUACAUGUGCGAAUGCACACUGGAGAGAGACCCUAUAGAUGUGAGGAAUGUGGGAAAGUCUUCAGUCGUUCUUCACACCUCCAAGUACAUGUGAGAAGACACAAUGGGGAGAAGCCUUAUAAAUGCCAUGUAUGUGUGAAAGCAUUUAGUUCUUCUUCAUCUCUUCAGGAUCAUAUAAGAAUCCACACUGGGGAGAGACCCUAUGAAUGUCAGGAAUGUGGGAAAACUUUCAGUCGUUCCUCAGCUCUUCAAAUGCAUGUGAUAAGGCACACUGGAGAGAAACCCUAUAAAUGUCAAGAAUGUGGGAAAGCUUUUAAUUGUCCCUCUUCUCUUCAAGAACAUGUGAGAGUCCAUACUGGCGAGAAACCCUAUGAAUGUCAGGAAUGCGGGAAAGCUUUUGGUCGUUCCUCAUCCCUUCUAGUGCACGUGAGAGUGCACACUGGAGAGAAGCCAUAUGCAUGUCAGGAGUGUGGGAAAGCUCUAAGUUGUUCUUCAUCUUUUCAAGUUCAUUUGAGAUUACACACUGGAGAGAAACCCUAUGAGUGUCAAGAAUGUGGAAAAGGUUUCAGUUGUUCUUCAAAUCUUCAAAGGCAUAUGAGAACCCACAGUGGAAAAAACCUAUGAAUUCAGGAAUAGUAAAGUUUUAGUCAUCCCUUCAAACUUGAGACUGAAUAUACAGUGGUUUGCAACUAUCUGGAUGACGGGAAUGUGGGGAAUCUUUCAAUCCUUGCUCAUCUCUUGAAAGAUGUGAAAAUGCACAUUGAAGAGAGACUUCAUUCAUGAAUAUCUGUAAUGUGGGAAAGUUCUCAUCAAAUCAAGCCACUUAAAAAUAUACAGGAAAGUGAACAGUGAAGAGAAAUUAUAAAUGGAAAGCAUACAGGAGAAAUACUUACUCUUCCUUCACAGUAAUGUUAGCAUCCCAGAUAUAGAAUCUUUAUCAUUAUUCUAGAAAAAUCUUUUUCUUGCUACUUCUCCCUUUCCACACACAUUAUAACAUACAAUGGGAAAAAGAUCUUAUUAAUCUACUUGUGUGCGAAUCUAAAGCUAAAUAUGACAACUAAGUUUUCAGAACCUCAUUAAGCAGAAUGGAAGGCACAUAUUUCAGUAUUCAUCUAAAUGACAUCCGAGGAGAGACAGACUUUACAAGCCUUUAGUGUUUUCUUUAUCUGGGGGUUGGUAGGACAUAAAUCCAUAAUGAAAAUGUGGGAUACUUAUAUGCAAACCAAGCAAAAAAUUAGGAGUUUGUAUAGUGACAUGGAAAUUUACUACAGUCUUACAUAGUAAUGCAAAGUGUUUGAUUGGCUCUUCCACAAAGGUGGGCUUGCUUGGACAGAGCUGGGAUUCAACUUUUAAUAGUCUUCCAACUGUGCUUUAGUCACUCAGACUCAAAUGUUUCUAUUCUGUUUUUCUUACCAGUUUGCAGUAUUACAGAGUCACGCUAGUUUUUUGACAGGAGGACUCAGCAAAUGAAAUGGAGAGUCUUUUCAAAAGUGAUGCUAGGAAAAUCAAGUUGAAAUGUGUUGGAAGAUGAGACAAGUGUGCAGAAGAACAAAACAGGAACAUGACAUAUUGCAUUGCACAAAGGUCAACGUGAAAUGCACUAAGGUCUUGAAUGUUAGACUAGAAAUCAAAUACAUAGGAUAAAGCAUUGGCAGAAUACCACGUUUGCUUCAGAAAUGUCUUCAAAGACUUGAGCUCAAUAACAAGGGAAACAAAAGCAAGAAUCAGUGUGACUGCAUCAAACUAAAAAGUUUCUGCACAGUAAAAGGAACCAUCACAAAAACAAAAGAUGCUGCUGAGUAGAAGAUAUUUAUACGCCCUACAUGAGAUAACAGACAUACAACCAAAAUAUACAGAGAGCUCACAAAACUCAGUGGCAACAACAAAACAACCCUCCCUACUGAAACAUGGGAAGAGGACACGGACAAAAUCUUGAGCAGAUGAGAUCCAGGUGGCUAACCGACAUUAAAAGAAUGCUCAAAGUCAGAACUGCAAAGCAAGACAAUGAGAUACCACAUUCUACUUGUGAAAAUGUCAUACAUUAGCAAAGACAAAAACAAAGUCUGGUGAGGAUGUGGGAGGAAAGCAACCCUUCUACAUUGUUGGUGGAAAUAUAAAUUGGGGAGUUGGCUAGUGGCACACCCAGUUAAGCGCACAUAUCAAGCUCAAGGGCCCAGAUUCAAAGCCCCACUCUCCACAUACAGGGGUCUGCUUCACAAGUGGAGCAGGUCUACAAGUGUCUUCCUCUCUUUUUCUCUCCAUUUCGCUCUGACUAACCUCCUUCCCUCCCUGCUCAUCUCUGUUUCUCUGUCCUGCUAAAUAAAAAAAUAAUAAUAAUAAUAAGGAAAUAUUCAAACCCUGUGGAAAAGUCUGGAGAUGCCUCAGAACAUUAGAAAUGAAUCUAUUCUGGGAGUCAGGCGGUAGUGCAGUGGGUUAAGCGCAGGUGGCACUAAGUGCAUGCGCUGACAAAGGAUCCCUGUUCGAGCCCCUGGCUCCCCACCUGCAGGGGAGUCUCUUCAUAGGCGGUGAAGCAGGUCUGCAGGUGUCUGUCUUUCUGUCCCGCUGUCUUCCCCUCCUCUCUCCAUUUCUCUCUGUCCUAUCCAACAAUGACUACAACAAUAAUAAAAAAGGCAAUAAAAAGGAAAAUAAAUAAUUUUUUAAAAAGAAUCUAUUCUACAAUCCAGCAAUUCAUCACCGAGGGAUUUAUAUAAAGAAAUAAAACAUACCUAUCUGAAGAGAUCUGUCUAUACUUAUGUCCAUAGCAUCACUAGUUAAAAUAGCCCAAACUUGGAAGCAACCCUGAUGCCUAACAACAGCUGAGUGGUUAAGAAACUUGUGGCGCAUAUGCACAUUGAAAUUGUGCUCAUUGUGAGAAGUGAUAAAAGCUCCUUUGUCACACCUGAAUGGAACUUGUUAAGUGAGAUACGCCAGAAAGAAAAGGACCAAUAUCCAAUGGUAAUCACUGUUUGAACUUGAGACAAGGAAAGAUAGCUGUCAAAAUAGCUUAGUCGGAUACUUUGCUACUUUGCCAUGCGUAUUAGCCGGGUUUAAGCCUGACCCCUCAGUGUACUGAAGGAAGCAUCAGUGCUAUGGUCUCUUUUUUUCCUCUGCCUUGCUGCCUCUCUGUCUCUAAAAAGAAAAGAAGAAACAAAGAAAGGAAAAAACUGAAACUUGGACUGGGUGUGUUCUGUUGGGGAGGUGGGAGGGAAGGGUGAAUGAGGGGGGGUGAGCAGUGUACAGUGUAGAGGAGAACUUACGCUGGUCUGGAGAGUGUCUUGCAGACAUCUGUCACAGGGAGAUAAGAAAUUGUACUCGUGAUAACUCUCUUGUUAACCAUUAUUUCUCUAAUAAAAUGAUAAAAUUACAUUGCUGUA